AUGAACCAAGCGAGCGCUGGUCGGAUGAAGAUUAUCUUUCCAGAAUUGAGUUCAAGUCUCAGAGACGUGAGUUGUAUGGUUACAAGUGUAUCUAUCCAUCAUUCCAUGUGUCUGUUAUCCGAGCCUUGGAUCGGGGAAGGGAUCCUCUAUCCAUCACAGGCGGCUGGCCGGCGUAGCUCGUCCAUCCUCCCUCGAGGCCUGUCAUCCGCCAGCUACGACCAAGUCAUAAAACCUCCCCCUAUUUCCUCGCUCAUUCCCCAGCGCAUCUCUCUCUCCACUGGAAACAUCAUCGACGACCUCAAAGUCCAACCAACCUCUAGAUAUAAUAUCUAUACUACACACUGA